AUGCCUGCUCCGCUCGCGGCCCGAUGGCCGCGUGCUUGCCGCGGCGUGCGCCAGGGCCUGCUGCGACGCCGCGCUCGAAGGACGCGCAGCCCAGGGACGCGCGCAGCUCGGCGGCGCCGCCGGGGGGGGGCGCGAAGGGCUCCGGUGAGCCGCCGAUGGCGUCGGGCGCAAAGGUCUACGGAGGGCGCUCCAGUGCUCCUGCCGAUCAGCGCGCGCUCCGCGGGCGGGCAGGAGAAGCCGCGAUGGAGCAAUGCGGAGGGCGGCGAGGGCCUCCCGAGGGCAGCUCUGCACGGCGCGGGGGGCUCGGCGUCGCCCGCGCCGUCGCCCGCCACGGCGAGGUCGCGCAGGAGCGAGCGCCGCGUGACGUUCGGCAAGGAGGAGGUCCAGCAGUUCGAGGCCGUGGGGAAGAUGCGGAUGUCGGGCCAGGACCUCCCCGCGGGUGCACACCCGAGCGACUGGAUGCUGUGCAAAAGCCGGUUCGAGCGGCCGCCCAUCGCGCCCACGCACGGCACGCAGUACAACGGCGCCCGCCUGUCGGACACCUGCUUCAAGGGCGACAGGCCGCACGUCUUCGUCAUCGGAGACUGGGGCGGCGUGACCCGUGAAGGGAGCGCGGAGCACGGUCUCCUGCGCUCCCUGGUCGCGCUUCGGUUGCGCCACGGGGGCACGGCCCCGACCGUGGCGCGGCCGUUUUUCUCGCUGGCACUCGCCACGCCAGCGCCCGUUGGGCAGCUCCUCGCGGGAGGCGAUGUGGAGUCCAGCGCGCUUUCGAGCGGCUUGUCAGGCAGCCUGGCAUGUCCCACCCCGGCCCAGGGGCUGGUGCUGCGCCGCUCGAGGCCCGCGGGCACGGCGUGCGCGGCGGUGUUCCACGGGCCCGGGCGCCCGUUCGAGCUGCAGGAGGUUCCGCUGCCCAGCAGGCUACGGCCCAACGAGCUGCUGGUGCGCCUCGAGGUCGCCUCCAUCUGCGGCAGUGACCUCCGGGCCGUCGCCGGCCGGGCAGAGGAGCCAGCGCCGCUCGUGCUGGGGCGGGAGGGCGUCGGCACCAUCGAGGCGAUGGGCCCCGAGGGCAUCACGAGGGGGUCCAGCGACAGCGUCCUGCGAGAGGGCGACCGCGUGACGUUCGCGACCUCCGCGUCCUGCGGCGUUUGCCCCGAGUGCGCCCUGCACAAGCUGCCGCAGAAGUGCGUGUCCGUGCUGAAGUACGGCCAGACCUCCAUGUCCAGCGGCUGCGGGCUGAACGGGACGUUUGCGACGCACAUAUUGCUUCGGCCGGGGACGCACGUGGUCAAGGUCCCCGAGGCGUUGGGCUCCCGAGAGUGCGCCCCCGCAAACGAUGACCUCGCCACCGUGUGCAACGUGCUGGACACGGCGCGGCUGCCGAGAUAUGGCUCGAACAGCAGCGCGAUGGUGCAGGGCGCGAACCUCAUGGGGAUAUACGCCGUCGCCUGGCUGCGGCAUCGGGUGGGCAUGGAGAGCGUGUUCUGCACCGACAAGAACCCCGAGCGGCUUCGCAUUGCAGAGCAGUUCGGCGCGAUCCCCAUGCUGGUGCGAGAGGGCGAGGACGAGCGCAUGGAGCGGGCGAGGGUAGUGAGAGAGCGUCGGCCGAGAGGCGUUGACGUAGUCAUGGAGGCGUCUGGCGCGAGCGACGCUAUCGUGGAGGGAGUGCAGCUGCUGCGCAACGGCGGCCACUACGCCUUCGCCGGCAUGGCGGACUCCCGCGACGACUCGCGGCUCUCCCUGCUCACCGGCGAGACCAUCAUACGAAAGUGCCUCACCAUUCGAGGAGCAUAUAGGUACGCGCCCUGGAACUUGGGGCAGGCUGUGGAUUUCCUUGCGGAGUUCCAGGAGUCACUGCCGCUCGAGUCCCUGCUCUCGCCGACCUCCCGGGACCUCGGCGGGCUGCAGCAGAGCUUCGACGAGGCGGCCCGCGGCAGUCACUGCCGCGUGCUGGCCGUGUGCGAGCCGCCCUCCUGA